AUAUCCGUUAGCCACCAAUCUUCUUCUCUCACACGCCAUCAUCGUUUAUAACGUAUAAUAAAGCAGCCCAUUUUUCAAGAGAAAAUAAAACACACACACUUCCUCUCACUUAAUUCUAUUUUCCGGGAAAAAUCAAUUUCUAUUUCUGUAUCCGUUGCAAUAGAAUGAUGGAUCUGUGGGCAGUCCAUGUAAAAAAUACAACUGGAAGCCCUUUUUGUUUGAGAAAUCAUUCAAUUCCAGAGAAAUCAUUUGUUUCCUCCAAUUUUGGGAAAUUUAGGGUUUUGAAGCAUAAAAUUUCUUCUUCCGGGUAUCAUUAUUUGGGAGUUAAAGCUAUGGCUAAGAAGAAUAGUAAUGAUAACGCCAAUUCCUCUUCUCCUUCUCCUUCUGGAAAUGGAGAUGGCUCAAAAGGAAGUAACCCUCCUGAUGGGAACAAAUCCAACGACUAUGCUUCCCAAAAGUCUCACAGGGUAAACUUGGACUGGAGAGAGUUUAGAGCAAAUUUAUUUGCUCAGGAGCAGGCAGAGAAGGCAGAAUCUGAUGCUCACAGCCAAACUGGGACACCCCAAGAGUCGAAACCCCUUAGCCUGAAAUGGGCCCACCCUAUUCCUGUACCUGAGACUGGUUGUGUCCUUGUUGCUACAGAAAAACUUGAUGGAGUUCGCACUUUUGAAAGAACCGUUGUUCUCCUCCUCAGAUCUGGAACCAGACAUCCACAAGAGGGACCAUUUGGAGUUGUCGUUAACCGUCCACUGAACAAAAAGAUUAGGCACAUGAAGCCCACCAAUAUGGAAUUAGAAACCACUUUUGCUGAUUGUUCUCUUCAUUUUGGUGGACCUCUUGAUGCAAGCAUGUUUUUAUUAAAAAGUCGGGAGAAGAAGAUUAAAGAGUUCGAAGAGGUGAUCCCUGGCCUGUGUUUUGGUGCUGGAAAUAGUUUGGAUGAAGCUGGAGCACUUGUGAGAGAAGGGGUGCUGAAGCCUCAGGAUUUCAGAUUCUUUGUCGGUUAUGCUGGGUGGCAGCAAGAUCAGUUGAGGGAGGAGAUUGAAUCAGAUUAUUGGUAUGUGGCUGCAUGUAGCUCAAAUCUGAUUUGUGGGGGUUCAUCAGAAAGUUUAUGGGAGGAGAUUUUGCAGCUAAUGGGUGGUCAUUACUCGGAACUAAGCCGAAAGCCCAAGCAGGAUAUGUAGGUGAUUAUGAUCCAUCGGUGUUCCCAAAAUCAAUAAGCCAUUCCAGAAGCUAAAGCCAGAUAUGUAAUUAAGGUAAUGAAGCUAAAUGUACAUAAACUUACCAUCUUUAUUAAUUAGAAUCUCUUUUUUCUCCUCUCA